GAAGCCAGUUGUCAGGUCUUGUCUUAGUUAAGUGGUAUUGAUGUUUUUUGCAAAAGCUAGCUUUUGUGGUUAUACAGUCAAGAAAUAAGAGUGUUUCGGCAUAUUCUCAGCAUUAAAACACCGAAACUUAGGUAUAAAUUAUGUAUCAUUGAUUGCAUAACAUAAAGUGCUAUUAUCUACUCAACAAAAAUUGGCUUAGAAUUAACGCCAAAAAACGAAGGGGGCGCACUGAAUUUCUGAUCAUCGUAACAUUCCUGAAUACAAUUGAAGGACUAGGAUGGAACCAGCUGGUGAAGUAAUUGGUUUGGCCAAUGAAUUGGCUCGGGCGAUCAAAAUUACAAUGGAUCCAGCUGCCUCACAACAGGCCAGAAUGGAUGCUUAUGUCGCAUGUGAAAGAUUCAAGGAAGUGUCACCGCUAUGUGCACAAGCAGGGCUUUUUUUAGUAACAGAAAACUAUCCAUCUAUAGUGCGACACUUUGGACUUCAGCUAAUGGAGCAUACAGUUAAGUUCAACUGGAAUAGCAUAUCUCAGCAAGAAAAGAUUUUCAUCAAAGAGAAUGCUAUGAAACUUCUGUGCGCAGGAGUAGGCGAUGCUCAGGAUCAGAGUGUAUCGCACAUAAAGGACGGUCUCUCUCGAAUUAUUGUAGAAAUGAUCAAGCGGGAAUGGCCUCAACAAUGGACAACGUUAUUAGCGGAGUUGAGCGAUGCCUGUUCAAAAGGGGUAGCUCAGACAGAGCUGGUUCUGUUGGUAUUUCUCCGACUGGUAGAAGAUGUAGCAUUGUUGCAAACAAUUGAGAGUAAUCAAAGACGAAAAGACAUCUAUCAAGCUCUGACAGUGAAUAUGUCUGAAAUAUUUGACUUCUUUUUGAGGCUUAUCGAGCUGCACGUGGGAGAAUUUCGGAAUUCCACUACCAUAGGGAAUAAAAAUAAGGCCCAUGGACACAGUCGUGUUGUACAAGUAGCCCUAUUGACACUUACUGGAUUUGUUGAAUGGGUAUCGAUCAACCAUAUUAUGGCUGCUAAUGGCAGAUUACUGCAAAUUCUGUGCGUUUUGUUAAUCGACGAAGAAUUCCAGCAACCAGCGGCAGAAUGUUUGCUUCAGAUUGUAAAUCGAAAAGGGCAAAUCAAAGACCGGAAGCCGCUGCUUUUACUGUUCGACGAAGCUCCUGUUGGUCACUAUUAUCGGGCAGCGUUACAAAGUGAGCGUAUGGGCAGUGAAUCAUAUUAUGCUUUUCUGAAAAAACUAAUCCAGGUACUAAGCGGUCUCGCAAUUCAGCUGACAGGUUUGUGGGGUAAAGAAGAUUGUCAAAUUUCUCGACAAAGUUUGUCGACAUUCUUGGAAACAGUAAUUACUUUUACGCGUCACUCAAGCUACACAUUGAAUCACUCGGCCGCUCUGAUCUGGAUGAGCCUGUUAAAACACGAGCAAAUCUGUCGUGAUCCUUUAUUAUUGGAAUACAUUCCAAAAGUAAUCGAGCUAAUCGGACCCAAGAUCAUAAAAGUUGGAUAUCCAAUUUCUCGACCUACGGAAAUCACAAUGCAUCCACAUACAUUCAUCAGUCUUGACUACGAUGGUGAAGAGGAAUGGUUGAUCUUUUUUUCUCGCUGCCGAACUGAUAUGUUGGAAAUUUUCCGCCAAGCUACGCUGAUCGCUCCGCUUGUGACAUUUUCUUAUUGUGAACAAUGGCUCAACGCAAGACUGCAGAAGGUACAUUCCGAAAUAAAUACAACAUGCAGCAUUACUGAUCCGGUUUAUCUGGAAUGGGAUGCUUUGGUAAAUGUACUAGAUGGGGUUUUGUCGCGUAUUCUAUUAGUCACAGAACGCCCGUCCGUUGCCACUGGUUUGCGUUUACUAGAAGAAUGCCUUAAAGUGGAAUCUAAUGAUCCUCUCAUUCUGUCGGUGCUAUUAUCAUGCAUUUCAGCAUUGUUCGUAUUCCUCAGCAUGUCAUCUUGUCAAAUAACUUCGGCGAAUUGCGUUGCCAUGUCAGGAGUGCAACUGCUACCUCGAGUUUUGGAUAAAAUAUUUGCCGCUUUAGUGUUUCAAGUGGCAGGUGAAACUCGUUACAACCGCUCUAAGGCAGUAAAAAACCAACGACGCCAUGCCGCAUCGCUUAUGGUUAAAAUAGCUCACAAGUACCCAUUGCUGCUUUUACCAAUAUUUGACCAAAUUAAUACCAGCGUGCACAAUUUGAUCCGUCAACGUGAUCAGCUGAGCAAUGUGGAACAAGUCACUCUACUGGAAGCCCUCCUGUUAAUAUCCAAUCAUUUUUGCGAUUACGAACGCCAAAGUAACUUUGUUGCGGAGGUAACCCGAGAUGCAGUUACUCUUUGGAUGCAUCUGUCGCCAGUUGUGAAAAAUGCGCAUUCAUUCAUCGAUUUUGUCGGGUUGAACAAACCUCCUGUUCAACCAAGCAGCAACUUACCCGAUCAGUGUAAUAUUAAUCGCGGUCAGAUUGUGUUCGCUCUUAAUCUUAUUCUCGGUGUCAUUAAACGAUGCUCUUGGCCAGAUGAUCCAGAUCGUUGCUCCCGAGGAGGUUUCGUUGUUGCUUUUACAGAAUCCGGUAACCCGAUUUGCCGGAAUCCAGCCACUUCGCAUGUAGUUCCGCUACUACCACAUAUCCUCGGCUUGAUGAGAGUCCUGAACGAAUUAUGGAAAUCAGAUGCAAUGAAUGCCGUCGAUCAGUACUUCAAAUGUGCAAACGGAAUGCAGGAACAUGAGAAGAAGCAACUUUUGGGCAUUUCCCCCGUGUUGCAGGACCCGCUCGAUCCGAAUGUUAAAAGUCCUCCCACUGCAUUCGAUCGUAUGCAAACAUUUCUUUCGCAAACUUAUGAACACUGCUAUCAUAUGAUGGGAUCCGCGGGACCUUCGCUCGGUCGAGAUUUGUACGCCCUGCCAGGUAUAGCAGACGCUCUCAUCAGCAGCAUUUUCGCUUGUCUCGAAAAUGUACCAGACUUCCGGUUGCGGACUUUGGUCCGUGUCUUCUUCAAGCCAUUCGUCUAUUCCUGUGCUCCUGUUUUCCACGAAUCGGUUCUACUGCCUAUUUUUGCCCAUUUUGCGCCAUUCAUGCUGACAAGACUGACUGCUCGCUGGCAGUAUAUAACUGCUCUAUACGAGACUGGCGAGUUGGGAGAAGAUGUGAGCGACACCCAGGAGGUGCUGGAGGAUAUGCUCAACCGAUCACUCACACGCGAAUACAUUGAUGUCCUGAAGGUGGCACUUGUCGGAUGUACCGUCGAUCCGACUGCCACAACCACCAACGAAUCUAGCAUGGACCAUGAUGAUCAGAGCAUGGAUGGUCCAACACAAGCCUUGACACGGGCCGCACAAUCAGCCAUGACAUCUGAGGUUAUAAGUGAUCUUGGUGGAAAGUUACUGCGUAAUCAGUACACCUGCACGCCAAUCGUGAUGACUGUUUUGAGCGUACUUUCGUGGAACGAUAGUAACUCUAGUCUCAAGGCAACAUUCCUCAGUGGUCCGGUGAUACGGUUCCUAGCCGCCGAGCAACUGAUUACGGAUAUCUUGGCAUCUAAUAUCAUCAUCGCCGUCCUGCAAGGACUUCAAUUGCAUGGUCAGCACGAAUCGAAUCAGGCAUCUCUCAUCACACUAGGCGUGCAAACAUACGAAAUUUUGCGGCCGAAAUUCCCUUGCAUUCUUGAAGUUUUGCAACAAAUACCCAACAUCAGUUCAGCGGACAUACAAAAGCUGGAUGAAAAAAUCUCGAUGUCUGCUAGCACAAAAGGGAACAAAAUUGACAAAGCCAAGAAAGAUCUUUUCAAGAAGAUAACCUCGCACAUCAUGGGCCGCAGUGUGGGCCAGCAUGGCAAGAAGGAAGUGCGUAUUUUAAACCUUCCACCAAUGGUUCCGCCAAUCGCGACGGUCACACGUAACGCGUACAAUGUGAUCGAUGGCGGACAGGAGACUGGACUUGCGCAUCUCUUCGCCAGUCGAAGUUAGUUUGUGCGACUAUCAUAUUCUACCUAUUGAAUAGGCACUGUUGCUUAGAUUUUAGAACUGUUAGCUUUCUUAUAAGUUUCUCAACCUGCUUUUUCACUUCCAGUUGAACAUAAAUCCAGUUACUUCAGUGCAUUUCUAAUUGAAAAAAUCUCACAAAGAAAGCAGACUCGGUUGCUUGUUAAUUAUGCUUCUCAUAUUGUGUUAUAUGAAUUUUAAAUUAUUCUUCUGGUACUGAAUCAAAAAAUACCUUGAGCUAUGCCACAGUAGCAAAUGCUUUUAUUGUUUGUAGUUAUUCAUUUACAGUUUGUUGGUAUUUCUGCAAGAAAUUGAAUCAAUUCCAAUGCAUGCAAUCAAAUUAUAAUAAAAUAUAGGAUGAUAGAAAUGAAAUCAUUAGAUAAUGAUUUUCCGAAUUCUAGGACCUGGAAUAAAAAAUGCUUUGCCCAGUUCAAUUUAAUAGAUCACUAUUGUGAGACUAACAUAAAAACGACGGAUGAUGAGUGAAUGCGUGCGAGUUGAGUAAAUAAGAUAAUUGUUGCUGCAGAAAUCAUCACUGAAAAAAUAAAACACAAUACAUCUUUGAUCAAAUAAUUGUUUCAUAGACCGGGAAAAACUAUUGUAGGAAUGUAUAAUUAAAUAGAAUAAUAAUCACUAUUAUUAUCCAGCCAUAUAAGCACUGUAUGAGUUUCCGUUAUCUACCCAAAUUCAUGACAUUCAGCAUUCGCUCGGUUACACAAAUGGUCGCGGUAGUGUCAGAUGGUAAAACUUAUAAAAAUAUGUCGAUAAUUGCUAUCUUCAUUUGUACCAGACCCUGUCAGCUUGGAGCGAAAUCAAUCUUCAGUUCAGCAACGCCGUCGCGUGGCAUCACAUUCAACCUAUCAUGUCAAUUGUAUGGAUGCGCAGUGCUGCUAUUUUGGCGCGCACGAAUUUGACAUUUCUCUCCCUUACUUCUAUGUAUGAGAUUCGAUACGGACUCGCCUGAGGGCGACAUGCUCGCAGAAAAGUAUGUUGCCAAUGAUUUGUUCGGGAAAUGUAAAAACUGGAUAUCUUGUUAAUAUGAUGUCUUCGGUUGUACUCAAUGUUGCCAGGUUCCCAGAUUUUUAUCGUUUAGCCAGACACCCUAACUAACCAGAUCUUUUACGAGAUUUUGUAGAUCUCACCAGAUCUUUACGGUUUUGGCCUCUAUAGGAUAGGUUUUUUUUUUCAUAAAUACGUUUAUUUCUUAAGGCAGUUUACAUAAGUUUUUCUUCGCCGUAGCAUCACUUUUACAUAAUAUUCUUAUC